AUGGGAGGAGACGAGGAUAUCGUUAUGGGGGAGGGCCCAAAACCUCCUCCUGCACCCGCCUCGACUCUCACUCUUCCCGCCUUCAUCAUUCAAGAUCACAGAGUCGAAUCAACAUUGCGGUCAGAUGCAAGCAUCAAUCUUGAGACAUCAAGAUUAAACGAGGAAAGCCCAUUGCCGCCUCAGUCUACUCUGGCGACAGGGAUGCCCCCACCACCAGAUCGUGUCAAGAUGAGUGACUCGGAGAGUGUCCCUCUCGAUAAUCUCAUCAAGCAGGACAGUCCACUUGAGACUACUUCAGAUUGGUCUGAUGACGAAACAGCUGCAAGACCUGGUCUUCCUGUCGAUUCCCUCGCCACUGGACUUUGCUAUGAUGUCCGCAUGCGAUACCACUGUGAGGUCCGUCCGACCACCGAAGUUCAUCCCGAGGAUCCUCGACGCAUCUAUUACAUCUACAAAGAGCUCUGCCGUGCUGGUCUGGUGGACGAUCCAGGCUCGAUUCAACCGUUGGCUCCACGAACGCUGAAGCGAAUUGCCGCUCGAAAUGCGACAGAAGAGGAAAUCACUCUCAUUCAUUCCAAGGCUCACUAUGCAUUUGUGAGAAGCACCUCAGACAUGUCUGAUGACGACUUGGUUUUCCUUGAAAAGACUCGCGACUCAAUUUAUUUCAACCGAUUGACCUUUGCCUCGGCUCUUUUGUCCACAGGAGGAGCCAUUGAGACCUGCUUGGCCGUCGCCCGGCGACAUGUCAAGAAUGCUAUUGCAGUCAUCCGACCACCAGGCCACCACGCCGAGCACGAUGACGCAAUGGGAUUUUGUCUUUUCAACAACGUCCCUGUCGCAGCCCGCGUGUGCCAACGUACUCUCGGAGAUGAAUGCCGUAAGAUCAUGAUUCUUGAUUGGGACGUUCAUCAUGGAAACGGUGUGCAAAAGGCCUUCUACAAUGAUCCAAAUGUUCUCUACAUCUCAAUCCACGUUUACCAGAAUGGCAAGUUCUAUCCUGGCGGUAGUGAGGGUGAUCUAGAUCACUGCGGCGAAGGACCUGGACUGGGAAAGAAUGUGAACAUUCCAUGGCCAGACCAGGGCAUGGGCGAUGGUGACUACAUGCACGCCUUCCAAAAGGUCGUGAUGCCCAUUGCCAUGGAGUUUGAUCCGGAUUUAGUCAUUGUUUCUGCUGGGUUUGAUGCCGCUGCUGGGGACGCACUUGGCGGUUGUUUUGUGUCUCCCUCAUGCUAUGCGCAAAUGACCCAUAUGCUCAUGACUCUUGCAAAUGGCAAGGUAGCGGUAUGCUUGGAGGGCGGGUACAACUUCCGAUCGAUUUCCAAAUCUGCACUUGCUGUGACCAAAACCCUCAUGGGAGAGCCGCCGGACCGAUUAGCGAAAACGGCACCCACUGCUGAGGCUAUUGAAACUGUCGGCCGCGUGAUGACCACUCAAGCUCAAUACUGGCGAUGCAUGUAUCCAAAGCCACCCAACAACCCUGCUUGGACUAAUCGACUGCAUGAUGUUCUUCGCGAGUAUCAAGCCCAUCAACUCUAUGAAAAUUUCAAAUUGACCCCGCUCUACAUUUACCGCAACAAAAUCUCAAAGUCUUUUGAGAAUCAAGUUUUAGCGAGCGCCAACUAUCAUAAGCGCGUCCCGUUGAUUGUCGUCUUUCAUGAUCCUCCGGAGCUGAUGGGAUAUCCGGAUCCUGUCACAAGCAAGCUCGAAGCCCACAAUUGCUGGAUGUCCGACGCGCAGCAAGAUUACAUCGGAUGGUUUAUCAGUAAGGGAUAUGCGGUGAUUGACGUGAAUAUUCCGAAAUAUGUUACUCAAGUACCUGCGACAAGCAAGUUUGAAAAUGAGGAUGAGAACAGAUCGACCGCCACGGAAGAACUUGCAAGCUAUCUAUGGGAUAACUACAUUGAUCUCUUCGACAAGCGUGAGGUGUAUUUCCUUGGAAUUGGUAGCGCAUUCGCGGGUGUUGUGAGUCUUCUCAUCAAUCGAGAAAAUCUUUACAAACGCGUGAGCGGCGUUGUCUCGUUUGUCGCCGAGAAUCCCGUCCGUGCAGUUGCAUCCUCGACGCAGGUGUGGCUCUCCAAGUGGUAUCGCGAUAACUCUUUGGUUUUUGUUGCCGAAACUCACGCGGUCUGGCGAGACCAAGACCGAAAGCCAUCUAAGCGAUAUGGCACCCUUUUUAAGUCCACCAAAUCUUCCCUCGGAGAGAUGAUGACCGAACACCAGCAGCAAGUCUUUGAAUGGUUUGCUGAGCGCGCAGACGAAGCACUUGAUGAGACUGAGGAUGAGGCUGACGAAGACGCUGGCAUGUGA